AUGUCUGUAAAGCAAGAGCUAAGGAAGACUUGUCUUAGGGCGAAACAUAUGGAUGGACUAUCAAAAUUUACUUACAAAGACCUCAUUAUGUUGGAUAACCAAAAGUCUUCUUACUUAUCACCACUUGCAGUGAUUGGUUUAAUCGAUUUGAACGCUUUUUUUGCACAGGUUGAGCAAAUUCGGUUGGGGUUAAAUGAUGAUAUCCCUGUAGUAUGCGCUCAAUGGCUGUCGCUCAUUGCUGUAUCUUAUCCAGCUAGAAAGUUUGGGAUUAAUAGAAUGGAUAAUAUUCUGUCUGCGAAGAAAAAGUGCCCAGACUUAGUAGUAGCUCACGCCGCCGUAUUCAAGAAAGGUGAAACUAAUUGGGCAUAUGUAAAGGGCUUACCCCAGCAAGCCACUCAUAAGGUCUCUUUAGAUCCUUAUCGUCGUGAAAGUAGAAAAAUUAUUAAAGUCUGUCAACAAUUUUGCGAUUUGGUAGAGAAAGCUAGUGUUGAUGAGUGUUACUUAGACUUUGGCCGUCUCAUUUACCAUAAAUUGAUUGAAUUUUUCCCCUAUUUAAAAGAUGGGGAUCCUAGUCUUCAAUUGCCUUCUGUUCCUGAAGAUAUCCCGGAUCACAUAUAUUGGAAAGGGGAGCUAGUUGGUGAUGAUAUAACUUCUGAGACUGAGACGGAGGACGUAAAUCACACUUCAAAUGUUAGAGACUGGGAUGACAUAUGUAUGCUGGUGGGAUCACAAUUAUUAUUUGAAAUAAGAAGCGAGAUAUAUAAGGAAUUAGGAUACAAAACCUCUGGCGGAUUGGCAAGAUGCAAGCAAAUCGCUAAACUCGCCGGUGGACUCUAUAAACCUGACAAUCAAACCGUCGUAAGAAAUAACUUUAUACAGAUGUUUCUAGAGAAAUUUCAAUUAACCGAUAUCACUGGUAUGGGUGGGAAGACAGGCGAUAUAGUAACUCAAAAGCUUCUGGUUCCCCUUGAUGUGAGCUCGGCAUCAUUUAUAAGAGAAAAUUACGACUUAAAUGCGUUAAAAGCCAAAUUCAAGGAAGACUUAAAUUUGGCCGAAAAAAUUUAUGAAAUAGUCAGAGGAAAUUACAGACAAGCUCUAACCAGUAGAGUUGAUGUUCAAUCGAUGAUGUCUAGAAAGAACUUUACUUUCAAAGUAGAUAGAUUUUCUGAUGCGCAGGACUGGUUAAAUGUGUUUGUUGGGGAUUUAUGUAAUAGAUUGAUUGAUUUAGAUGAUGAAAAUAUGAAUGUUUCCAUUCUGCAAAGGACAAGCAACCCUGUUUUAAAAAGACCAAAAACCAUGAAUAUUCAUGUCACUUCAUCUUCACAUGGCAGUCAUUCCAAGCAAACAUCUUUGCCUCUCACUCUAUCUUUGCAAAAACUACGGCCCAUUAUGGAAUCGACAGCGAAAAAGCUAUUGUUAGAUUGUUUUGGCUCUGUGAUAGAAAAUGAUAAGAUAUACCCCAUCUCCAGCCUAUCUUUAAUAAUAUCUAAAUUUGUUGCAACUAAGGAAUUAAAUAUGAUUGACCUGUACGUGGAACGUAAUAGUGCUCGAAAUCAAAAGCUGGAUGACGACUACCAAACUAAUGGUCCUCCGAAUUUGAUAAAAAACUCAGAGUUGACUGCCCCAAUAGGUAGAGCCAAUGACGAUUACCUAGGCAAAUUAUUUGAAGAAUUUAAUCAAUCUGAACUGCAUUGCACUUCUCCAGUCUCCAUGUCAGGUAAAUCUGCUAAAUCCACGGGCGUGAAUUCGAUUGGAAAGCCUUUGCAAAAGGAAGAGAAAGAAUACAUUACUCUGUUAUUCAAUAAAUUUGAGGUUGAAUCAUCUUCCAACGCAGCAGAGGAUUCCUUGAAACGGAGGAAGAACAAAAGAUCUUCUCUGGAAUUACCUGAUAAUAAGCGUGUGAAACAAUCGUUGCUAGAUGUUUUAAUAGAGAAGAAAGAAUGUCCUUAUUGCAAGGUUCCGGUGGAAGAUGUCUUUGAACAUAACGAUUUUCACAUAGCUAUGGACUUGUCUGAUAAAUUAAACGGUAAAAACAGUACAUCUCUGCUGGACUCAGAAAGACCAACUAAAAGAUCUAUGCACAAAGGUCAAUCUAAGCUCGGAUUUUAA